UCAAUAAAAAUAUCUGUAUUUUGUUGGCCGUACAAACACACAACACAUGUGGAGCCAAAAGUAAAAAAGGCGCCGAAUCAAAAUUUGGAUUUGAGGGCUUCCUUGGAAUGGUCCUUUGGAUCAGGGAAAUGUGGACUGGAUGCUCUGUUCUCCUUGUUCUGUGUCUCCCAGCUGCUACUCUUUCUCCUCACCACCAGAGUCUUUCCCCCCUUCUCCACUAAUCAAACCGAUUUCAAUUUGGUUUUUUGUUUGCGUUAGUCUCAGACUCACAUUCCUACCUUUUUCCCUCUUUUCUCAAUCUGAAGCUGCUGCAUCCUUUUCACGGAACAGCCUCUGUAAUGAGCUAGCGAAGAUUUUAUAAACCAAUUUCUGUCAGGUGGAAGCUCGUCUUGAUGGGGUUCCUAAUGCUCGCAUAUAUCACUCUUCUCUUGCUCUUCAUACUUUCGUUUCCUCUCUUUUCAUGCGGAGGGUUUCAAACCCAUGCCCUUGUUGCUUCCUCCGACCAUCUCGUGCCAUUUCCUGAAACUACUUCCCAUUUCAAGAAUGGGUUUCAAAGGAUUCUCCUCAGCGUCGCAUUAGGCGUCGUCACUGGAUUCGCCGGCGCUUUUCUCUCUGCUUGGUUCAUCCGCACCCUUGUGAGUUACCUAAACAGAACCCCACUUCUUGAAGGACCCCUAAUAUUUUCCCCCAAAAUCGACCCCGACGCUCUCCAGUCAGCGCUGCGGAACGAGACCCAGUUGCUCGGUUCGAGUUCGAGCCCACACGCGAAAUACUACAGGGCCAUUCUCGCUAAUGGCCUCGCAUUGGCGAUCAAGAAGCUUCAACCCAUUCAAUGCAGAAAGGCGGAGGCACGGCGGCGGAUGCAGCACCAGCUGGCGGUUCUUGCCAGUUUGAGGCAUCGGAAUCUGAUGACCUUACAGGCCUACGUCGGCGAAAUGGGCAGCUGCUGCUUGGUUUAUGACUUGGUGCCCAAUGGUUCUCUCGAGGACGCAAUGAGGAAAGUGAGAGAGAACCAAUUGGAACUUAAGUGGGAGGUUCGGCUGAGAAUUGCUGUUGGGAUUGCGAGAGGGCUUCUGUUUCUCCACUUUGAAUGCGACCCUCCAAUUCUUCACCGCAAUUUGAAGCCUUCGAAUGUGCUGUUGGAUGCAGAGUUCGAACCAAGGUUGGCUGAUUGUGGGUUAAUCAAUCUCGUGCUCAAUUUUGAUAGGCCACCUUCUUUGUACACCGCUCCCGAGUGUCUUAACAGCUCCAGGUAUACUGAUAAGAGCGACAUUUUCAGCUUUGGGGUGAUACUGGGCAUUCUGUUAAGCAGUAGAGAUGUGAUGGAGCAGUCGUCAUCGGACGGGGAAGGCGAGGAGACUGGGGAAGCGGCGGUGGACGGAAGCAUAAGCUUUAGAGAAGAAGGGGUGGGAGAAGAUGAGAUGGCGUUAGCAUUGAGAAUUGCUGGUGUGUGCGUAUCAGAUUUGGCUGAGGACARACCUUCCAGCGAUGAGUUACUUCUGAUGCUGACCCAAUUACAUUGCUUUUGAAGCAGUUGGGUCAGUCAUACAGAGAUAUGAAACUAAAAAUGGGUUUUUGCGGCCACCAUUGAUUGCAGAUAAGGUUGAGAAGGCGAAGGGGAUGGCAUUAAAUGGAGUCUUGCCCUGCACUCAAGACUCGAGACUUAGACUCAAAGCCCAUGCGGCAGCAGAGGUGAGAGACAUGCUCCAGCUCCAUAAUAGGAGCACCUCAACUUCCGAGUUCUCACCAAAUCCCAUGUCCUACUCCUGUCCCAAAAAUGCUUUCAUCUUCUCAAACUUCUCUUUUUAAUGAUACUUGGUCAUGGAAAAUCAUUUCUGUCCUGAAUGCUUAGGAAAAGGAAAAGGAACCUGUGUGAUAUUUGUUUGGAAGUCAAAAUUGAGAAACUCACGUGAUGUGCCACAUGAGAUUUGAAYUCAUUCUCCAAAAGUUUCUUCACUUUAUUCACAUGCCCCGUUGCCAAUGAGUCKACUCAUGAUGGUUAUAUUGAUUCAAUUUGAUUUGUUAGUCCAAGUCAAAUUGGCUCGCUAACAAUUGACAUCGAUGAGUUUGAAUCUUGGCUUUGCUAAUUAUAUAUCCCUUGAUAGAAUUAUUAUUUUAAAUGAUCUACAAUACAUGCUUGCUUCAAAUGUGGCAAAUUUUCAGAUAUUUAAGCUUUAACCGAAUCACAAGCAAUACACAUACAUAUAAUAUCCCUU